ACACAGACAGCAUUUAUACAGUGUCAUAUGUCAUACAGUGGAUGUUUUCUGUCUGUACAUGUGACUCUCUUUAUCUCCUGUUAGGAGAAACCUGACAACAAGACUGCUGGAUUUAUGUUCAGUGUGAAGAAAAGUCCCACAGCUCUCUUCUGUAGAUCUACACGCAUGAGCAGGAGACGGCAGAGUUGCACAACUCCAAAAUCAGAAACCAAAAAAGUGACUUUCGGGCUGAAGAAUAAUCAAACAAUGGAAUUCAGAAAGAUGGACAGAAGUGCCCUGGUGAGUCCUGGCAGUCCGUCGCGUGUUGCUUUUGACCCCAAGAAGACACCGGCGUCUGGAGUGUUGAAGUCGCCCACGUCAUCUCCAGCGCUCCGGAGAAGAUUCACCGCUGCAGAUUUCUUUUAAAAUAAAACGCAACUUGUUUC